AAUGCGGAGGUGAAGAACAACGGUACUCAUGUGUCAUAUGUUUCUUACUUUCAUUUCGUGUUUCAAGCAUUAAUUGAACGUUAAUUCAAGUUUUAUCGGGAUAGAGAGUAUGGAGAACGGCGAGUGCAGUGAUCUCAUCACAGUUCAUGAUUUCUGCGAGAAGAUCCUGGAGCAGCAGGUCCAUUUCCAUGUGAUGAAGCUGAGCGGAGGAUUUUUCCUCUGGGUCGGUUCGAACCCGGUUCUGUCCAACCUCGCCGUGUCCAUUGACAGUAAAUAUGAUUCAGUGCCUCUGUGUACUCUUGUGUUGGGGGACACCUCAGACACCACACCAAACGCUCUUGCACAGAGACUCACAAAGAAGACAAAGAAACAGGUAAUUGUAAGUUACAAUUUACCCGUGACGGACUCGAAUCUCUUACUGCUGGUGGAGAACCGAAUCAAACAGGAGAUGGAGCUUCAUCCAGACCAGUUUUAAGCACUUUGUUCUACGGUUUUCUUGUACAUAGCUCAAUACAAGUCUACAACUUGCUUUAUUUUCAGUUAUACAGUAUGUGCAACAAAUAUCACUGGUUAAUUGGUCAAUGUCUGUUUUGUUUUGUUCUUCGUGACUCCAAUAAAGAGAUUAUUGAGUGUUCGAAGGUCCUGCUUGCAUGCGAAUCUUGGAGAUAUCAGGGAAUUAUUAAAAUGGAAAUUCAUAUUUCCGCGGUGAGUAUCAUUUUGUUGUAGUUACGCUCUGUUCAGAAUAUUUCACGGGCUAGAUAUUGCUCUUUGUGAGCAAGUUUAAAAAUCCCUUAUCCCAUAAUCACAAACCUGGAAAAGUCUUUGAAAGUCAUUUGGCGAAUGUUGUCGUAACUCUUGUAUUGGACGGGGGUCUGGGAAUCUUAGCGAGUAUUGAUGCUGACUAUCACACCUGGAGUCGUGAGUUUGAAUCCAGGGUGUGCUGAGUGACUCCAGUCAGGUCUCCUUAGCAACCAGAUUGGCCCGGUUGCUAGGGAGGGUAGAGCCACAUGGGGUAACCUCCUCGUGGUCACUAUAAUGUGGUUCUCACUCUCGGUGGGGCGUGUGGCGAGUUGUGCGUGGAUGCUGCGGAGAAUAGCGUGAAGCCUCCACACGCGCUACAUCUCCAUGGUAACGUGCUCAACAAGUCACGUGAUAAGGCACAUGGGAUUGGCGGUCUCAGACACGGAGGCAACUGAGAUUCGUCCUCCGCCACCUAGAUUGAGGUGAGUCACUACGCCACCACGAGGACUUGGAGCGCAUUGGGAAUUGGGCGUUCCAAACUCGGGAGAGAAAUAAGACCAACAGUUACAUUGUAUUGCAUUUUUUACAUUUUUAUUUACAAGUGCAACAUCUUAAAAUGGACCGUUAAAAUGUAGGAAAUUUCAGUCUUAAUUCCAACGACACACUCGAGAGUCACAAAUACAGAAAAAUACACUGAUGCUUUAAAAUGUUUGUCUCUUUCACAAAUUUUAAUUUAUACACUUUGAGUUCAUUUGAUUAAUCUCACUAAUAAAUGUUCCAUAAUGAACCCCAAAAUCAAAGUCUUUUUUUUAUUUAUUUUGCAUAAAGAAAAUAAAGUCUAUUUUAAUCUAUACCAUUAAGAUUUUGGGCAUUUUGACAAAAUUUCCCCCCAAAUCUCAGUCAUAAAUUAAAUUCAAUACAGAAAAUACUUCCAUGAUGUAUACUUAAAUUUGUACGUAAUUGUUUCCCUACAUUGCAGUAUUAAUAAUAUUAUUUUAGUUUUUUUUAGCAUUACAGUAUUUGAAAGGAAAUGCGGUUAAUUGUCGUGAAAAUAAAGCCACAAUGCAAAUAAUCGGAACUUUCCUAAAAAUAGGCUUUGUUUUCUUUAUGCAACAUAUAUUUAAUUUCUAUCUUUGUAGUUUGGGGUGAAAUAUGAGCUUAUCAUUGGUCAAAACAUGUAUUGAUCCUGUGUGCUUAUUUUCCUCUGUAUUUACACACAAUACCUUUAAAACCUGGAAAUGAAGGCGUGAAAUGUUUCACUUAUAUCCUGGUGUAAGGUUUGGGAUAAUGUUUUUCCUUAUUUCUUACCAGGAGUUACUCCACUUCUAUUCUACACAUUAAUAAUAAUGCUAAAUAUACAUGAAAACACUCAACAGCCCUUUUAUUGAUCAUGCUCUGCAGAAGUCCAGCGUUCACAUUUAUGAAUUUCCGAAUGGAAUCCUGCGAAACAUGUCCGGGACAUCUAUUGCCCCCAAAAAUCAGAAGAAAGAAAUAUAUAUAUUGCGUACAUAAAAUAAAGCCAAUGUUUAGAAUAUAUAUAUAUAUAUAAAUCCAUAUUUUGCACGUACUCAAUUAAAGCACGCUUUUGGGUUGAUACAUUAAUUGAUUCUCAUUAAUGUAAUACAGUCAUUUACUGUAUUACUGUAAACAAUAGUGUGACACGUUGAUGUUUUUAAUUGAAAUCAACAUAAAUUAUAUGCAUACAUUUUUUUUUAUUUAUUUCCGUCUUUUGAUUUGGGGUGAAAUAUCACCUGGACAUGUUCUUAACAGGUUUCGUGAGAUUCACCCUAAAAGUAACUGAACUGUAACUGUUCACCGGAAUGGUGAAGCGCACAAUUGUUCUGUAAUAACUUGUAACCAGGGCUGGACUGGGACGAGAAAUCGGACUGGGAUUUGACAUGGCAGUUGGCCCAAAGGUUUUGGGGUUGUUGACGUGUUCCCCGUCCUUUUCUGCAUAUUGCGGCGGCUCAUUUUAGCUUAUCGUGGCCCAAUUGGCCCGUUUCACGGCC